AUGCACGAGCCAGCUGGUUAUGGAACUCAACGACAUUGGCCUAGCGUGCUGAAUACAAUGGAUGGUGCAUGUGAAGGGGCUGAUGACCCAACCUCUGCCACCAUCAGCCGAACCUCUAGUUCUGCCGAUCUUAGGGCACAACCAAUCCGAUCGUCAAUGGUGCACUUCUUGUCUGACGACCAUUUAAACUGGAGGGAAAGGGAGCGUGCUACUUUUGUGAAUCCGUUUUCUCCUGAAGAGCUCUCAUCAAGAAAGACAUCCACCUCCUCUGAAGCCACGGAAUACCUCCGCCCCAACGCUUUUGCUGGUCAUCGAGACACUCUGGCAAGGCUGACCUAUUCCGCUGCUGGUUCUGGUGACGACGAAGAUAUCUCAGACUGCGAUACCGACUCAUUUUUGACGGCUCUUACCACUCAGCCGUCAAUGGCUGGGAUCUCUAGACGGGCCAGCAAUGCCGGGGCAAACUUGGACAUUUUCUGUCCUCAACGGGUUGUGGAGAAUGUGCUCAAGUAUAUGGCCUUUGAUGAUUAUAAGGCUAUGCGACUAGUUUGCCGCCAAUGGCAUGCAACUCUGCCUCGACCUAGCUUUCCCGGGGCGUAUCGUCUUCCGAGAGAAAUUCUAAAAGAAGUCUUCUCUUACUUGUCGCCCUCUGACUUUGAGGCAGCCCGUCACACGUGCAGAUCUUGGUUCUUAGCCAGCUUGGAUCGCAAAGUCCUGGGACCGAUGCUCAGAGCCAGUGGUUGUCAGACUGCGUUGGCCAUGGAUCUUGAACAAGCGCAGGGGCACAUCGUUGCGAAGAGACGAAGUUGGGAGACUCGUCUCGGCCCAGGGCAAACCGACGCCGAAAAUGUCAUCGACAAAGAGUGGCUGUGUUCCAAAAGAUUGGCUACGGAAAGUCGACUAUCGCCCAAUUGGCGAGGCUCUUCUCUAUCCGGAGACUCCUUUCCAUCGUCUCGACUUUCAAUCAUUGAGGAAGUUGAUUUUUCCAAGAUCAUGACCUCACAUGCUUUACCGAAAAAGACCAGGUUCACGGUAUCAGCCUGUGGCAGGUUUGUCCUCGUGGUCUCUGGAAGCGACAUAUCUGUUUACAGCUUGUCUGAUUCUGAGCAGUCACUUGUCCCAGUGGUCAGGCUGGCAACCGGGAUUGAUGUCUUGAAGGUCAGCAUGGAUACUAGUUCGGGGCGGUGGUCGGUUGCCGCUCUUCUUGCAGGCCGUGUUGGCAUGCUGUGGGACUUAAAUGGCAGGCACAUCCAAACAAGGUAUCGCAACAGUUCCGGCGACACGAUGAGUUUGGGAAUGCACUCGUACAUCCACAGCUCAGUCGACUGCCAACCUUCCAGGGUAGCUAGUAUCAAUCUACCCAUCAGUUCACAAGAAACGCAUGUUGGCGAUGUGUCUGAUUCGGACCUGCCGCCAACGACGCCGGAGAAUUACACAUCUCUGCCCACUCCUCCAUUGGCUCCUCCAUUCGUGUGUAAUGAGCAGAUGUCUAGCUCGGAGAGCCCGAAGGGGAUUGAAGAUCGCCUAGGGAUCUCAAUUGAGACCAGGGCGACGGCGGUAUUCACCGAUCUCGGAAGCGAGGAUGAUCAGCCAAGAAGCGUAGCGAUUUGCCCAAGUGGCAACUCUGUUGCGUUUGGAUGUCGGAUGGGGCUGGAACUUCACUGGGUCAAUGUUCUUGCUGGAGUUCAUUUCAGCCGUUGGCUUCCACUUGCCGCGCCGAGUGACUAUCUCUACUUUUUGCCUCGACGACGUGGAGUGGACUCAGGGAGGAAGCUCAGACUGAUAUCAAGUGCCGCGGGACCAGCUGCGCAGCAGCUGGUAAGGAGCGACAGUACGCCAGCCAAGUGGAAGUACUGGCCUACUCCAGCAGCCUUUGGCCGACGACAAAGCUUGACAAGACUCUUCUUUGGCAACUUACCAUUCCCUACACCCGCAGGGGAUUCAGGGGAAUCGUCCAGUUCAGCCAGUCCCCCAAGACCAGAUCAAGUACAAGGGGUUCUGCGGACCAUUGAAUGUGAUCACUUUCAUGCGAUCCCAGUGAGUGACGGGAUUCAUCUCAUUUUCAUCCAUCCGGGGCAUGGAUCGUUGUGCCUGGGUAGCGACGCGUCGCUGGGAGGCCCAACGAACCUUGUUUCAAAGAUAGUGUUUAUUCCUCCUCCUGGGCAGGGCCAUCAAAAGCCUACUCCACGUCGCUAUGCGGUCGGCAAAGCCCUUGGAUGGGGUUUGAGACUCGUCGUUGUCUACGAUGAUGAUCAAGUUGUGCUCUACAGUAUUCCUUCUGACGUUUUCGGGCAACUUCAAGAUCAGCGAAGUUCGAUCGACGUCUGGGACGAGAAUUCUGGAGUGCUUGGGCAAAGCGAUUUGAUCAUGGACUCACUGAUGAAUCGUGACGAAAGCGGUACGCCCAGUGGCUCAGCAGUCCAAGAAACCCCCGAAAACGACGACAACUUUGCUAAUGAGCCGCUGCAAGUUGCUGGCUCUGUCAUUGCUCGUGUUACCGAUCAAGUUGUUGAUGACAUUGCGGUCUCAUCCGAGAAUGGCGGACUUUCUGUCUGGAUUUUCUACAGAAAUGGGCUUGCUGCACUGCACAGCAUCUAUGCGCGUCGGCGCCAGCAAGCGCGCAGAAGGUUUGUUGGGGAGAACGGCUUCAUCUGGGACUGUGACAAAGAAAUGUCGGCUGAGGCUAAGAGUGAUAGCCCCCUGGCAAAGGGCAAAGAGAGAGCGGAUGAGGAAGCCAAGCACGUCAGAUGGGCAGGCUAG